AUGAUUUUUGCCAUUGAAGAAAUAAACCAGAACGAAAAUCUCCUUCCGAGGAUCAGUCUUGGGUAUCAGAUACACGAUGAUUGUUCGUCCUCCGCGAUAGCUUCGAAAGCAGCACUCGCUUUGAUCAAUGGAGAGGAAUCAAUCGAAUACCGUGAAUGUAGAGGUUCUUCCAACGUCGCUGCCAUUGUUGGCUGCGAAAUAUCUACAAAUUCGAUCGUAACCGCCAGGACAAUCGGUUCCUUUGGGAUUCCACUGGUUAGUUACUACUCCACCUGCUCCUGUCUCAGCGAUAAGAGAGAAUACCCCACGUUUUUCAGAACUAUUCCAAGCGAUUUCUACCAGUCCAAAAUUUUAGCUGAGCUGGUGAGAACCUUUGGCUGGACUUGGAUUGGAGCCAUUAGAAGUAAUACCGAUUAUGGUAAUUUUGGAAUGCAAGGAUUUCUGGAACAUGCAGAAAAGUUCGGUGUGUGUAUUGCCUACUCUGAGACAUUUUAUAGGACCGACCCGCCAGAGGAAAUCAGCAGACUUGUACAAAUAAUUAAACAGGCAUCCACUAAAGUUGUAGUGGCUUUUGUUAACGUUGGUGAUAUGAGAAUUCUAUUGAACGAAAUUUUGCGUCAAAAUGUAACUGGUAUACAGUGGAUUGGAACUGAGGCGUGGGUGACAGCAAAUCUCCUCCUUCCUGAAGAAAGAGUAAUUUAUCUCGCAGGCACAAUCGGUCCAACCACCCGCAGGACAGAGCUGGGCGAUCUCAGAAAUCAUCUUCAGCACGUCCAUCCUUCCAACUUUCCUGGCAAUAUUUUGGUGACGGAGUUUUGGGAAACAUUAUUCACCUGCUCUUUUACCACUGACAACGGGACAAACCAACAGAACUCUUCAGGUCAAGUUCGACAAUGCACUGGGAACGAACAUGUGGAAGGGAAAGAAAGUGCGUACCUUCCGGCGGUAAUGGACGGAAGUUCAUACCAUGUGUAUACAGCUGUCUACUCCAUCGCCCACGCACUUCAUAAUCUGUUAUCCUGUGUUGAAGGCGAAGGACCUUUUUCAAAUAAUACAUGUGCGCAUAUUGCAAAUUUCCAACCGUGGCAGCUACUACACUACAUCCGCACCGUGAAUUUCACAGCGAAGACGGGAGAAACUGUUUACUUUGAUGAAAAUGGAGAUCCGGUGCCAAGAUACGAAUUCGUGAAUUUGCAAGUGAAUUUGAAGGGAACCGUUGACAUUGUAAAUAUCGGGUAUUAUGACGGCUCGGCUACGGCAGGGCGGAAACUAGUCAUUAAUACAGGAGAUGUUAUAUGGAGCACGUCUGGGAAUACGAUUCCACAGGCAAUUUGCUCAGAGCCCUGCUUUCCUGGGACAAGAAAAGUCAGCCGGAAAGGGCAGCCGAUAUGUUGUUUUGACUGUGCAGAGUGCGCCGACGGUGAGAUCAGCAACGUCACUGAUUCGACAGAUUGCAUCAAGUGUCCAUCAGAAUACUGGCCUAAUCGGGACAAAACCGAAUGUGUCCUCAAGAAAGUUGAGUUUCUUUCCUUUGGAGAAAGUCUGGGGUUUGUAUUAGUAAUGCUUGCUGUCGUGGGGAUUUGUUUUACCGUGGCUACCGCUGUGAUUUUCUACCACUAUCGAGAAACACCAAUCGUCAAAGCGAACAACUCCGAGCUCAGUUUCCUGCUACUGUUUUCCCUGCUGCUCUGCUUCAUUUGCUCGCUUGCCUUCAUUGGAGAACCGUCUGGCUGGUCUUGCAUGUUGCGACGCACAUCAUUUGGAGUUGUGUUCGUACUGUGCAUUUCCUGCAUCUUGGGCAAAACCAUCCUUGUCGUGGUUGCUUUUAAGGCAACUCUUCCCAACAGCAGCGCGAUGAACUGGUUCGGACCCGUGCAGCAACGUCUGGGUGUCUUUAUUGUUACGUUUCUGCAAGUGUUAGCCUGCGUUCUCUGGCUAAGUGUAUCACCUCCCUAUCCAUUCAAGAACAUGAGACAUUACAGAGACGUUAUUAUUCUGGACUGUGACGUGGGCUCAUUGACUGCUUUUUACUUCGUGUCGGCCUAUAUUGCUUUGUUGUCCAUCGUGUGUUUAGUGCUUGCUUUCUUUGCCCGGAAACUCCCAGACAGUUUCAACGAUGCCAAAUACAUCACCUUCAGCAUGCUGAUCUUUUGCGCUGUUUGGAUAACUUUUAUUCCGGCUUACGUGAGCUCUCCAGGAAAAUACACUGCGGCUGUAGAAGUGUUUGCCAUUUGGGCAUCGAGCUUCGGUCUGCUUGUCUGUAUUUUUGCACCGAAAUGUUAUAUUAUCCUACUGAAACCGGAGAGUAAUACAAAGAAACAGAUGAUGGCGAAAGGGACUUCACCAUGA